GUGAAUUCAUAAAAUCAUCAUGGUAUCAGAGCACGGAGAUCCGUGUCUCCUGGCCCCUCUCAUUCGCUGCGUUAACCACGAAAGAAAAAAAAAUUCGGCUCAGCCGAUCUUCCUCUCGAUCGCGACAGCCCUUGCCGUGAUCGGCCAUGGCCCCUUUAUCUCCUGAUCCUAUGGAUCGUCUUCCUACGGGUCUUAUGUUGUUUGUCCGGAAUCUUCAAUCCCUAACUCCAAUCAAGCUUGAUGAUACCAAUUAUCCCUCUUGGUCUGCUACCGUUCGUGCAAAUCUCCUUGCUCAUCGUCUCCUCAGUUAUGUUGAUGGAUCUGAAACUCCUCCACCGGCUCUUAUUCUCGAUGAGAAGGCUGCGGCGCCGGGCAAAGAUGAACCCCCGAUCAUGAAGCCAAAUCCGGCCUAUGAAUCAUGGCUUAUUGUUGACGCUCAGAUUCGGGCCUGUCUCCUUGCGAUUGUUUCACCCCCUGUUCCCACUUCUGCUGCAAUCUGGAAUCAUCUCGAACAACGGUACAAUUCUCUUUCACGCACCCAUAUUUUUCAACUGAAGGAGCGCUUACAUGGUGUUACUAAGGGUACUGAUUCGAUGCAAACCUAUUUGGACACUGUUCUCACCAUUGUGUCGUCUCUCAAAUUGAAUCAUGAAAAUAUCUCUGAACAAGAUAUUAUCUUGUGUGUUCUUCGUAGUCUACCGGCCGACUACGCCUCCCUGAAGCAAAAUAUUCGCACCAAUAUUGCCACAGUCACUUUUAAUCAGGUCUCUUCCUGGCUUCUCUCUGAAGAAUUGAACUUAUCUUUUGAGAAGAAAUUAUCUCUGGGUGACUCUGGCUCUACCUCGUGUGUCAACAUCCAUAAUGCUCUUUUCACUAAUUCCGGACGAGGCACUCGACGAGGACGUGGUCGUGGGCUGCCACGAGGCCGAGGAGGGCCGUACCGCGGCGGUAACCUAGGCGGCAGGGGAGGCCGGCAGCCGCUGUACCGCGAUGGUGUGCGCGGCAGAGGUGGCGAACAAGGGGUGUCCGUCACAUGUCUAUUUUGUGGGAAGCUCGGUCAUGCGGUCUGGAAUUGUUGGCACCGCUACGACGAAUCCUAUACUGGUCCUCCGCAGGCGUUUUAUGCAAACCAAUCUACUCAAUCUAGUUCGAACUGGCAUUUGGACACUGGAGCAAACACCCAUGUCACGCCUGAUUUGUCUCGGCUACAUACUAUGACGUCGUAUCAUGACACCAAUUCCAUCACAACUGCAGGAGGUAACACCUACCCUAUUGACCAUACAGGUUCAGACGGAGGGCGGCAGCACCUCCACGCGGCGGCGGCUCCUUCUGCCGCUGCUCCUGUGUGCGGCGGUCUGUACGCAAACGGCGGCGGCGAUCCUCGCGGCGACGGUGGAAAGACCCAGCGGCGACGAUCUGAUCUGACAGCGGCGGCGCGAUCUGAAACGGCGUGGCUUCGCGGCGGCUCCUCAACCUGGCGGCGGCUCUGCGGCUGGACUGCCUUCUGCACGGCCUCGCGAUCUAAGAGGUCAACGGCGGCGCUAGAAGGGAUGCAGCGGCGGCUCGCAAACGGUGGCGAACACCUGCGCAGAUCUCCCCUUCUCGAACAGGCGGCAAACCCUAGGUGACAGCUCCUCGCUAUUCGUGUUCUCGUGUUGAACAACAAGGCUCUGAUACCACUUGUUGGAAAUUAAACACACAACACACACAAAUAUCUGCGAGAAACGAGAGAAAACGGAACACAAACGACACACAAGAAUUUAACGUGGUUCGGUUUCCCUAAUCCACGGCUGCAACAGGAGGAAUUU